UGUUACGGGUGACUGAACCAUACUAAACAGGAUCUGCGUUUGCAUUGAGUGGUACGUGUGCGACCUGCCUAUGUCAAGAUAAUCGUUUUGUGAGCUUUGCAUGCCUCUCACGACGGUCUGAUUGAACUUAUUUCAGAUAUACUCAUAAUAGAACAGACAGAAGUCAAACAUUAUGGCGGAUCCAGCUCAUGUUCAAAUGCAAAUGCAGGGCGUUGGCCCUCCGCAGGUACAAGGAUUACCACCAGCAUUAAAUUUUCUGGCUGGUCUGUCAGAGGUCAAUAUUCAUCAACACCUUGAUAUUCUGGAAGUUGCUAUUGGAUGGGAGAAAAAUAACAAAUAUAGAUUAUGUAACAGUCAAGAUCAACAAUUCAUGUAUGCAAAGGAAGAUACCGACUGUUGUGUCAGACAGAUGUGUGGUCCAGCUCGACCUUUUACCAUGAACAUUACAGACAACAAUGAGCAGCCUUUGAUACAAUUAUACAGACCAUUCAGAUGUCAAGCUAGCUUAUGUAUGUGUUGUUACUUACAGGAGAUGGACAUAAUGAGUCCACCAGGCCUUUCUGUAGGAGGUGUUAAACAGCUAUGGACCCCUUGGAAGCCAAAGUUUGAAGUCCAUGAUGCACAGAACACACCUUUGUUCCACAUUCUAGGAGAAUGUUGCUUUUGUUGUCCAUGUACAGAUAUCACUUUCCAAGUAGUAGAUGCCCAAAAAGGCCAUGAGAUAGGACAAAUUAUCAAACAUUGGGGAGGCUGUCGAGAAAUCUGUGGAGCUGUUAACGAUUUCAAAGUAACAUUUCCAGCAGAUCUGGAUGUGAUGAAGAAAACAUUGUUGUUAGGAUCCACGUUCCUUAUUGAUUUCAACUACUUUGAAAGAAACAAAAAUCAAUAAGACAAUGCCCAUUCAUAUACAUAACCAAUGUCAGAUGUCGUCAAACAAAGAUCCAGUAUCAAAUGUUGUUAAAAUGGUGGAGGACAAGAUCUGAUAGAUAUCCAGUAUCAUAUACUUUUAAGAAUAGAUUUUAUUUCUGAUUUUAUCAAAACUUGGGAUAUAUAUUAAUCUUAUUUCUCAGUCUGUUUCAGUAUAUAUUUGCUUUACUAUGUAAUUUGAUUUUAUAGUAAAAAGAUAUGUAAUUUAGUUAUUAUAUUUUUAUAGUUUUAUUACUUCAUUUUUCAUUUUCAUUUUGUUUUACAACAAAAUUUGCUUUAAUUUUAUGUCUUUUAAAAUUGAAAUCCAUGACAAUACCAAAACUUAUUUAUUUAUUUUUACAUAUGAAAACAGAUAGAUAAAAUGGAAUCUCUUUUUUUUUAAAUUCCUUCAAGGAAUACGUGUUCAGCUUUUUCACCAAGGAAAUGAUCUUAAACAGAAAGGGACCAAGUUAUCUAUUGAAUUUAUUUUAUUUUGAAUAAAGAUUUGUUUUAAUUUUGCUGUUAAAAAUAUUUGAUAAUUGCAAAAGCUUUUAAGGAAUUGAAAAUUAGUAAUUAUUUUCAAGUGAAAAAAACGAAAGUUUAAUAGCAUUGUAAAAGAAUUUUAUGAACACAAACUGAAAUAAUCAAAGCAGAUCAUGUCAUUGAAUAUAUUUUGAGAAAUCUAGUGGCUAAUCUGAAUCAAAUUGAAAAUUCAUUCAAUUGAAUAAUGCUUCUUCAGAUCAAAAUUUAAAAUAUUGAACAAUAAAAUAUUUUUCUUAAACUGUAGGGUGUCCUUAAAGUUACUGAUUUCAUAAAGGAAUUAGAUAUUUUGAUAAAUAAUUGUUGUUUUUGUAUAUUAUUGCAAUAUCUACGCAUAAUUAAAAUUUUAUAAAUUAAAAACCUGUAAAACAAGACUACCUCACUCAAAAGAUGGUUUAUUUUAUUCUUAUUGCUAAACAAUGUACAGCUUUAUUUUACUUUUCCUAAAUAAUUCUUCUUUUAAUCUUAUUUUUAAUUUAAAUUUUAGGGCAAUGGAAUUUUUUUAUUUCUUUAUGGAUUGUCCUUUGAAAAAUAAAGGCCAGUAUAAAGAUAAAAUAUUUAUUGAAAAAAAUUCAUUAUGUAAUUAUUACUCAUGGUUUAGUUAUUGUAUAGUUCUAAAUUAUAUAUCAUGUUCCUUAUGCGCUAAUGCUAGAACUUUUUCAAUUAUUUACACAGAAACAAUCAAUAAAAUGUAGGCCAUUUAACAUGGAAUAUUAUUUACAUUCAAGCAUUGUUAAGUUUGCUGCUUUAUCACAAAUGUUUAAUCUGAAUCUUCUGCUCAGUCAAUGAAAACAAUCAUAGUGUAAGAAUUAUAUGUAUAUAUGUUUUUAUAAAGUUUACUCUGUAUAAUUGUCUGCAACUAACAUGUAGUUAAUGCUUUUGAUUUUCAAGAUUCAACUAUAUUUAGCUUUACCUAUCUGAAAUCAAUGAAUCUUGAUUAAAGUAAAUUGUCUUUAAACCUUAACCACAUUUGAUAAUCACUGAUAUUGCAUUUUACAUUUUUUUAAAGAAAUUUUAUGUGAAAACCUACAGAUACUGAAGUUUUAUGAAGAUGUUUUUUCAAAAGUUAAUUUUACAUUUGAAAAUAAAAACAUUUGAUUCCGGGUUAUAUGAUUUUAAUGUAGUUAUCCUUUUAUCUUUAAUUGUUUGUUGAAAAUAAAUAUCUGUUUCCUUU